CCCACUAUAAAAUGGAGGCUAUAAAAAACCCACAGCACCAGCAACCAAGUUCAAACAUGGUCCCAAUGAAAUCCCUUCUCUCUUUCCUCUUCUUACUACUAGGUUCCUCUUAUGAAGCAGCAUCAUCAACAUCUGAGGAAGCAAAAGCUCUCCUCGAAUGGAAAGCCAGUCUCUCUCAAACUGAAGCUCUCCGUUCAUGGUCUUUAUUCCCCAGUGCCAACACUUCUGCCACCCAAGAGAGCUCUCCAUGUAAGUGGACCGGAAUUUCAUGCGAUCAUGCAGGAAGCGUGGUUGAAAUACACCUGUGGAAUACGAACUUGCAAGGUAUGCUUGAUAAUUUGAGCUUCUCUUCAUUUCCCAACCUUGUCCGCCUCAAUCUCAGCCAAAACUCACUCCAUGGAACCAUUCCAACCCAGAUCGGUUCUCUUUCAAAACUCAUCUUCCUUGAUUUGUCCACCAAUCAACUGUCGAGUGCCUUGCCUCUUACACUAGCUAAUCUUACUCGCAUUCUGGAGCUCGAUCUUUCUCAUAACAUGAUAACUGGUGAAAUGUCCCCCCGUUUCUUCACCAAUUGGUCCAGACUCAUCUCCCUUCAACUCCAUACCAAUAAACUCACUGGACAAGUUCCAUCAAGAAUUGGCCUGCUGAGAAAUCUCCGCCAUUUGGACCUCUCUCAAAAUCAGAUGGUUGGUUUGAUACCUCCAGAAAUAGGAACGCUUAAAGAUCUCCUCACCCUAAGAUUGCACGGAAACAAUCUCACGGGUGUCAUCCCUCCAUUUCUGGGUAAUUUGAGCCAGCUGACGCAUCUUCACCUCCAUGAAAACAUAAUUUCGGGUCCUAUCCCUCGGGAGAUAGGAAAUAUGAGGAAUCUGAAAGAACUGCUCAUCUGCCAUAACCAUCUAAACGGUUCCAUCCCUUCCAUUUUAGGAAACUUGACCCAGCUGAAUUACUUGCACCUCUGUAGUAAUAGUAUUUCAGGGCCAAUCCCUCAAGAGUUGGGAAAACUUAAGAAACUGAAUGAAUUAAACCUGUCCGAAAACCUUCUAACUGGUUCCUUACCUUACACUUUAGGAAAUCUAACUGAGCUUUCCUUCUUAUACCUCUAUGAAAAUCACCUCCAUGGCUUGAUUCCUCCGCAGAUAGGAAAUCUCAAGAAGUUAGUUUAUCUAAGAUUAAUCUCAAACAAACUCAUUGGUCCAAUCCCUCCACAUAUUGGUAAUUUGAGCAGCCUAACUAGACUCGGUCUCUAUGAUAAUCCAUUAUCUGGUUCACUACCUCCAGAAAUCUCUAAUCUAACACGUUUAGAGUUUCUCGUUUUGGGGGACAACAACUUCUCUGGCCAACUACCCCAAGUAUGCCAAGGUAGAUCACUCACACGCUUCAGUGCGUUUAAUAACCAUUUCACGGGUCCCAUCCCUGAAAGCCUGAGAAACUGCACUGCCUUAACAAGAGUCCGGCUCGACCAUAAUCAGCUCACAGGAAAUAUAUCCCAAGUUUUCGGAGUAUAUCCUAGUUUAUAUUACAUCGAUCUGAGUUAUAAUAAAUUGCAUGGUGAGCUGUCACCAAAAUGGGGACAAUGUCAAAACCUGACGCUGCUAAAAAUCUCUGAUAACAAUCUCACUGGUAGAAUUCCGCCGCAGAUUGGGCAGCUAAGUCAGCUACGGGAACUCGACCUGUCUUCAAACAACCUACAAGGAAAUAUUCCUAAUAGCCUGGGGAGUUUGUCCAUGCUUUACAACUUGAGUUUACAAAAUAACAGACUAUCUGGUUGGGUACCGGGUGAAAUUGGAAAACUAUCCAAUUUGGAGAUUCUUGACCUAUCAAAGAACAAGCUGAGUGGGCUGAUACCACAGCAACUGGGGGACUGCUCCAAAUUGCGGUAUUUGAGCAUGAGUGAGAAUUAUUUGAAUGGAAGCAUUCCGUUUCAGAUUGGUAAUCUAAUAGGCCUGCAGAUUACCUUGGAUCUCAGCUGUAACUUCCUUUCGGGAGAGAUAAGCCAACAACUUGGGAAACUGCAAAUGUUGGAAAAACUAAAUCUCUCCCACAAUUCACUCUCAGGUUUCAUCCCAUCGUCUUUCAAAGAGAUGAUCAGUUUAUCUUCCAUCGACUUUUCAUACAAUGAUUUGGAGGGCCCUCUCCCUGACGGCAAAGCCUUCCGUCAGGCUCCACUUGUGGCAUUUGUCGGAAACAAAGGUCUAUGUGGUGAAGUGAAAGGUAUGCUACCAUGUAAUUCCUCGUCGAUAAACCCUGUUAGCGGCAAGAAAGACCACAAGCUUGUGAUCAUCAUCAUUGUUCCUAUCGUGGCAGCAUUAUUUCUUCUGUUUGUAUUUUACAUCAUUUGCUCCGUUUUCCUUAGGAGAACAAGAAAUGCAGAGAAAAAGGAAGUAGAAGUGAACAACAGAAAUCUAUUUGAAGUAUUCAAUUUUGAUGGAAAGAUUUCCUAUGAAGAGAUCAUCAGGGCAACAGAGGAUUUCAACGAAAAAUAUUCAGUUGGGGUGGGAGGCCACGGGAGUGUUUAUAAAGCAGAUCUGUCCACAGGUCAGGUAGUAGCUGUGAAAAAAUUUUACUCAUCACUGGGUGGCGAGCAAGAUGAUCAAAGUAGCUUUAGAAAUGAGAUACGAGCACUAACAGAAAUUCGACAUCGCAACAUUGUGAAGCUCUAUGGGUUCUGUUCUCAUGCUCAGUGCUCCUUUCUAGUGUACGAGUACGUGGAAAGGGGAAGCUUGGCUAACAUCCUAAACAGCAGUAUGGAAGGAGCUGUAGAAUUGGAUUGGGUGAAGAGGAUGAAGGUUAUCAGAGGAGUAGCCCAUGCCUUAUCAUACAUGCACCACGAUCUCACCCCUCCUAUAGUUCACCGUGACUUAUCAAGCAACAACAUUUUGUUGGAUUUGGAAUUCGAAGCUCGUGUCUCUGACUUUGGCACUGCUAGACUUAUAAAACCUGAUUCCUCCAACUGGUCCGCACUUGCUGGCACUUGUGGAUAUGUAGCUCCAGAGCUUGCUUACACAAUGAGGGUGACUGAGAAAUGCGAUGUAUAUAGCUUUGGGGUUUUAUCACUUGAACUCAUAAUGGGAAGGCAUCCUGGGGAUCUCAUCUCCUCCUUGGCAUCAUCAGGUGGCCAAGAUACAUUGUUGAUGGAUGUGUUAGAUCAACGCCUCCCCCCUCCCACACCUCAAGACAUGAAGGAUGUAGUACGUGCAGCGAUGUUGGCACUUGCAUGCUUACAUGCCAAUCCACAGUCUCGGCCCACCAUGCGGCACCUGUCGCAGGAGCUAUCUGCCGGCAAGGGUCCUCUUCCCGAGGCUUUCCACACAAUUACAUUGUCUCGACUGUUCAAUAUCCAGGUAUGAUUGAUUAAAUAGGAUGAUAGGGUAGGGAAAAAAAAAAAGAGUAUGAUAAAGAUAUUUCUCCACGGUACACGUGGCAGGGAUAUGUAUCAAUCACAGCCAUCCAUCUAGCGGGCACCAUCAUGGAUAUCUUAUGUUUUAGAAAUCACACUAAUUAGACAAUCCUUUCAAUCACAUUUCUCCAAAAUCCUUCGUGAAUUUUGGUCAUUAAUCCUCUUCA